AUCGAUCUUAAUUAAUCACGUGCGAUAAUGGUAGCUCGCUGCUCUUCCAUUUGUAUAUAUAGACUCUAUCUAGUAUUUGCUUUGCUCAGCCAGUCCUUGCUGCUCCAACAAGCUAAGAGUAGUACUAGUCUAGCAGCUAGCUCGGUUUCAGCCCCAAGAUCGAAAUGGAUGAGAAGAAGCCUUAUUUGGCCGUGAUUCUCAUACAAGCAAUAUAUGCAGGCAUGUUCUUGCUUUCCAAGGCCGCAUUCAAUGGUGGUAUGAAUAAUUUCGUAUUUGUUUUCUAUAGACAAGCUGCGGCAACCAUUUUCAUAGCUCCUCUCGCCUUGUUCUUUGAGUGGAAAAAGGUGGUUCCCUUGUCAUUUGUGACCUUCUGCAAGAUUUUUCUUCUCUCUCUAUUUGGGAUCACUUUAAGCCUAGAUAUCCACGGUAUGGCACUUGUUUAUACGUCAGCAACUUUGGCUGCUGCAACUACAAACUGCCUUCCUGUCAUAACUUUCUUCUUGGCUGUAUUACUCAGGAAGGAGGUGUUGAAGUUGAGGACAGCCGCGGGGGUUGCAAAGCUUUUAGGCAUACUGGUUUGCAUGGCCGGUGCAGCCAUCCUUGCCUUAUACAGGGGGCCGCAGUUCAACCUCUUGGGCCAUCAUCAUCACCUCUUUGGUCUGCCUAAAACCCAAGAAUCUUAUGUCCAUGAUCUUUCUUCUAGCAAAACGUGGUUAAAGGGUUGCUUCCUCUUCCUUGUUUCCACCACCUUGUGGGGUUUGUGGCUUGUUUUGCAGGCGCCGGUUAUGAAAAGCUACCCUCCAAAGCUUCUCUUCACGACUCUUCAGUGUCUUUUCAGCUCCAUUCAGUCAUUUGCCAUUGCCAUUGCUUUCGAAAGAGACCCUGAUCAAUGGAAGCUGGGCUGGAAUGUCAGGCUUGUAGCCGUCGCCUACUGCGGAAUAGUGGUAACUGGCGUUACAUACUACUUGCAAGCAUGCGUUAUUGAGAUGAAGGGGCCGGUUUUUCUUGCCAUGUCUACACCUUUGGCCCUGAUAAUUACAAUGCUUUCUUCUGCAAUUCUCUUAGGCGAGAUCAUUAGCCUGGGAAGUGUUUUAGGUGGGAUCUUGUUGGUUGGAGGGCUAUACAGCGUUCUGUGGGGGAAGGGUAGAGAACAAAAAAUGAAUGAGGGGAGUAGCUUAACGGCUGAAGUUGAUCACAUUAAGGAAUGCUCAGAAUUGAAAGAAGCAGCAGCAGCAAUAUCCAAAAGUCCACCACCCUUAUUAAUUGUAUAACACAUAAUACAGCAACGACCACGAUCGAUCAUGAAUUCUUUUAAAGAGAAGUGUUUUAGCUGCAAGUUAAUGAUUGCAUAAAAGUAAAUUCAUAAAUUAGUAUAGCUUGAUGUUAUAUGUACGUUAGAUUAUAAAACUAUUUUUAUUGUAAAAUAUAUCUAACGUAUCAUAUAAAGUUAUAUCAGUUUAUGAGUUUAUUUUUGUGAAAUUGUUUUUAAUCAUAUGUAACAGUACUUCCUUCUCUUCUUUAGAAGAUCUAUCUUCUUAAUUGGCGACAAUAUUUUUGGCCUAGCUGGUACCUGCCCUACCUGGCCCGUAGGUUAGAUCAA